ACCCUUCUAUAAAUAAUAAUAGUAACAUUGUUCGGUGGUGUUAAUGUGUACUUUGUGUGCUUGUUAGUUAAGCAUUCAAAUUCAAUAAUUUCUGUCUGUGAUUUGCUCCCAAUACUCCAAUGGAAAGAGGCAGUUACAGAAACACAACCGCUGGCCGUGACGGUUAUGGUGGUGGUCGUAGCGGUCAUGGUGGUGGUGGUGGUAGAGGAAGAGAAAGAGAAAGAGAGUUUUAUCCGCAACACCAAUCAAGUGCCGGUAGUGGUGGUGGUGGCCGAGGGUUUCCUCAACAACCGCAAAAUCGCUGGCAACAAAGGCCAAAUCCACCAUCCCCAGUCACCCACACAAGUUCAUCUUCGGUUCUUCCUCAUUUCAACAUGCCAAACGACGGUCAACCCAAAGUCCGAACUCUUCCACUUCCCGAUGGAGCUCCGAAAUUGAAAGAGCAGAAAGUGGAAAAUACAACAACUGGACCUAUACGCCGGCCUGACAAGGGAGGGACGGUGUCAAUUAGAAGCUGCAAUCUUCGUGUGAAUCAUUUUCCGGUUACCUUCAAUCCACAAAGCAUUAUUAUGCACUACAAUGUGGAUGUGAGGGCUACCGUGCCACCAAAAAAGGGUUUGCCUCCAAAGAAGAUUUCCAAGUCAGACUUGUCUAUGAUCAGGGACCAAUUGUUUGCUGAUCAUCCUCAGACACUACCUUUGUUGAAGACUGCUUAUGAUGGAGAGAAAAGCAUCUUUAGUGCUGUGCCAUUGCCCGAAGAAACUUUUACUGUGGAGGUCUCGAAAGGAGAAGAUGAAAGAGCUGUUUCUUAUACAGUAACUAUAACACUGGUGAACAAACUCGAGCUUCGCAAGUUGAGAGAUUACCUUAGUUGCAGAGUCUAUUCCAUUCCGAGGGAUAUUUUACAGGGAAUGGACUUGGUGGUGAAGGAGAAUCCAACAAGGAGCACAAUUGCUUUAGGAAGAUAUUUCUUUCCCAACAAUCCUUCCAUGGUGGAGAGGGGUCUUGAACCCGGAAUAAUUGCAAUUGGAGGGUUUCAACAUAGUCUCAAGACCACGGCUCAGGGUUUAUCUUUGUGUCUUGACACUUCAGUUUUGUCUUUCCGAAAGAAAAUGUCAGUCUUGGAUUUCCUCCAUGAUCGUAUUAGGGGUUUCAAUUUGGCCGAGUUUUGGAAAUAUAAGAAAGCUGUCGAGGAGGAACUCCUUGGAUUGAAAGUAAAUGUCACUCACAGGAGAACCAAACAGAAAUACACCAUUGCUAGGUUAACACCUAAAGAUACACGCCAUAUAACUUUCCCUAUUUUGGGCGAAGAUGGCCAAAACCUUCCUGGAAGCACCUCUCUUGUUGCCUACUUUAAACAAAAAUAUCGCAUCAAUAUUGAAUACAAAGAUAUUCCUGCCUUGGAUUUUGGGGGAAACAAGACUAAUUUUGUGCCUAUGGAGCUAUGUGUCUUGGUUGAGGGUCAGAGAUAUCCCAAAGAGUAUUUGGACAAGAAUGCUUCCAAGAACUUGAAAAAUAUGUGCUUGGCAAGUCCAAGGGAGAGGGAAUCUACAAUACAAAUGAUGAUGAAGUCUGGUGAUGGACCUUGCGGCGGUGGUAUUCUUAAGAAUUUUGGAAUGAAUGUCAAAACUUCCAUGACAAAUGUGACCGGACGCGUGAUUGGGCCUCCAGCAUUGAAGUUAAGUGAUCCACGUGGAAGGAGUACUUCUGUCAAACUGGAUGCAGAGAAAUGCCAUUGGAAUCUAGUUGGAAGGUCAAUGGUAGAAGGAAAACCUGUUGAGUGUUGGGGCAUCCUUGAUUUUACCAGCAAUGGACCUAAUUGGUGCAGAUUAAGAGGCAAUCAGUUCGUUGACAAUCUUAUGGAUAAGUACCGAAAGUUGGGCAUUGUCAUGAAGGAACCUGUUUGUUAUGAGCAUUCUUCAAUGCAGAAACUUGGGGAUUACAAUUCACUUAGUGACUUACUUGAAAAAAUAAAUGAUAGGGUUCAAAAAAACUAUCGACAGAGGCUGCAAUUUCUUCUUUGUGUGAUGGCCAACAGGGAUCAUGGUUAUAAGUGCCUCAAGUGGAUUGCUGAGACGAAGGUUGGCAUAGUGACACAGUGCUGUUUAUCUGGUAAUGCUAAUGAAGGGAAAGACCAAUAUCUCACAAAUCUUGCUCUAAAAAUCAAUGCAAAAAUUGGAGGCAGUAACGUGGAGCUCAUUAAUAGGCUCCCACACUUUAAGGAUGAAAGUCCUGUUAUGUUUAUAGGGGCUGAUGUCAAUCAUCCAGGCUCUCGGGACAUAGAUAGUCCAUCCAUUGCUGCGGUGGUUGCCACUACUAACUGGCCUGCUGCAAAUCGCUAUGCAGCACGUGUUUGCGCUCAAGAGCAUCGGGUGGAGAAAAUUGUGAAUUUUGGAGAAGUUUGCCUUGACCUUGUUACACAUUAUGAGAAAUCGAACAAAGUCAGACCCCAAAAAAUUGUUAUCUUUCGUGACGGUGUUAGUGAGAGUCAAUUUGAAAUGGUUCUUGCUCAGGAGUUGACAGAUUUGAAGGCCGUUUUUCAGCGCUCGAAUUACUUUCCAACUAUCACUCUUAUUGUAGCCCAAAAGCGACAUCAAACUCGAUUGUUUCCUACUGGUCCAAAGGAAGGGACUGGUAAUGGCAAUGUGUUCCCUGGAACAGUUGUGGACACAAUGGUCGUACAUCCUUUUGAAUUUGAUUUUUACCUUUGUAGUCACUAUGGAAGCCUAGGUACAAGCAAACCCACUCACUAUCAUGUCUUGUGGGAUGAGCACGAGUUUACUUCUGAUGAUUUGCAGAAGCUCAUAUAUGAUAUGUGCUUUACCUUUGCAAGGUGCACUAAACCUGUAUCUUUAGUCCCUCCAGUGUACUAUGCUGAUCUUGCUGCAUAUAGAGGAAGGCUAUACUAUGAAGCAAGGAUGUCGGCACAAUCUCCAGGUUCAGCUGUGUCUUCUUCAUCAUCACAUUUAGCUUCUUCAUCCUCUUCUUCCACCACCUCAAUUUCAAAUGAUCCAGGGUUUUACAAGUUGCAUCCUAAUACGGAAAACAGAAUGUUUUUCGUCUGAAACCUCCAUCUACUCUUUCUUUUGUGGCAGAUGAACUAUUUAUGGUAUAACUUCUCUGGUCUUCUUGCAUUGGGACAAAAUACACUUCCUUGUUGCAGUAAUUAAGUAGUUUUUGUUGAACUAAUUAUGUGGUUUGUGCAUGAAUGUAAUGUCCUUUGUUGAACUAAUUAAGUAUUAUGUCUUGUCCUUUGUUUUAGUACUCAUGGUGUCAGAUGUUUAUCAUGUCAUUUUAAUGAAUUAGAUUGUUUCACAGCA